AUGGUGGAUACAGGCCGAGUCUCGACAGGCAAUGAAAAGAGGUCAAACAGGCCCCAGAAGUACAAGAACUCCUAUGCCUAUAAAAACAAGUCAACCAAAUCCCAAGAUAUCGAAAAGCUCCCAAUUAAAGGUCUCUGCAGGCACUGUAAAGACAUUAUCGAAUGGAGGCGAAGGUAUAACAAGUACAAGCCUCUAACGCAACCAAAGACAUGUCUUCAAUGCAGAAACAAGGCAAUCACCGAUGCAUACCACGUUAUUUGCAACAAGUGUGCUAACGAGGCCGGAGUUUGUGCUAAAUGUCGACUGUCUGAGACCGUGCUACCUGCGACCGUGAAGCUCCCAGAAGAACUAUUGAGCGAACAACAAUCACUCGAAGCUCUAUUGGCAAGUAUGAGUGAACGACACCGCCGCUCAUAUCUCAGGAAGAUGGAUAAGGGAGAUACGGAAGGUGCUGAAAAGAUAGUGGCGAAGGCUCAAGCUACUAACGCUGAUGACGAGGACGAUUUUGAUUUGGAGGACGACCUUGAAGAUGAAGAAGAUGAAGACGAGGAUGAUGACGAAGAAGCCGAAUCAGUAUCGAAACAUGUAAAGCAUCUUCAACUUGCUGACGAAGAUGUUGACGAACCUGAGCACUGA